AUUCAAUCGAGAGGUUAUAUUAUAAUUUAAAAAUGAUUGAUUUCAAUCUUAUAAUAAUGUAGAAUUUGUUUAACUGAAGAUGCUACAAAAGUUUAGUUUCCAUAAUUCUUUAUUACGUGUUACGACUGAAAACUCGACUUCAUAAGAACUUAGUUUAUCUGAUUAAGCUUGCUAUUAAAAGUUUAAUAUAGCCUUAAUCAGAAUAGGUUUGUUGGUCUUAUUAGGUAGCAGGAAUUCUUUCCAAACUCUUUCAGUAAAUGGAUGAGUUUAGCUUUUCAGCUAAAAUGCGGGUUUUAACAUUAAAUUCCCAUGUUAUUGCGUGCAAAAUUUUUGUUUUCAUUAUUUGUGUAUUUGUAUUUGUCUCGAUAAAUAAAUUUUUAUCUGGCCUGUUUCUUUUACUGGGAUCGUGUCUUUCUCCCUGCUACUGGCUUUCCCUGUCUGCUUGUAGUUUUUCAUGGUGUUGGGCGCUGCUUGUUCUGGGUUGAGGGUAUCAUGUCUAUAUAUGUAUGAAUAUAUGAAAUUUUAUAAUUUAUGUUUUAUAUUGAUGUGAUCCGGACUAAGUAAAUUUUUCAUCAACUAAAUUCUACUGUUAGAAGUAGUGGUUGGCCGUGGGGUCCCUCACCCUCCCUAUGUCCAAGGAGAAGAUGAUCACCGCUGAUCCAGCUUGUAAUAUGCUGGCAGGAUAAUUUCGAUAAAACAAAGGAGAAAUUUGUAUACUUUCUGUCUGUUUUUUGCCCAUUGUUCCCCCUUCGUCUUUAGCAGGCUGGACCUAUUGGGCUGUUUCCUCUUUCACUUCCUUACCCGUCCGACAGUAAAUUGAUUUAACUGGUAUAAAUUAAAUAUUUUGAAAACUUUGAGAUUGUCGGAAGAAUAUGGUCGUUAAACGCAAGAUCUGACAUUUCAAGAAAUGGAGGAUUUUCCAAUGCUUUCUACCAUUAUUUAUCUCUUGGUUACAAUAUUCAGAGUAAGGGUUUAUGCAUUAUCAUCAGCUCAGCCAUCUCCCUUCUGAAAUUGCUACCAUAUUAUCUAACCAUGCCUAUAGCUCCUCUUCGAGAAACCAUUCUUGAAUGUCUUUCUGAUGCACGAUCCCACUCUCUUGAGGUUCAGCAAAAAGCUCUGCAUACCUUAGCUUCCAUGACCAAGGUCAGUCCCCAGAACCGGAGCUUGCUUGCUCAGACAGAUGGUGCCAUUUCAUAUUUUAUUAUGCUCACCAAUUCUUCAUCUCCCAUCAUCGAAACUCUCGCAUUGGCUAUCCUCUUCAACCUCUCGCUAAAUCCUGAUCUAAAGCAGUCUCUUGCAGAUAUGAACACCAUUUUCCGCCUGAAUUCAAUAAUCCUCUCCCCAAAAUCCCCACAUUCAAACAGAUUAGCUUGCUCUUUAAUCUGCAGCUUGGCAAUGCUGGACAAGAACAAGGCUAAAUUUGGGGUGGCAGGUACUAUCCAGGUUCUGGUGAGUGGUAUUUCAGGACCUCGUACUCCUGCUUCCCACCAUCUCCUCAGCUCAUUAGCUGAGCUUGUGCAGUUCCAUGGGAACUGCACUGUAGCUGUACGUUCAGGAGCAGUGGAGGUUCUCAUCGGAAUAGUGGAGAGCAGCGACGGAGAGGAUUUAUCAGGAACUUCGCUGGCUGUUUUGGGACUUCUUGCUAGGUUCGAGGAAGGAUUGAAUGCCAUAAUCAGAAGAGAACAGGUAGUGAGUUGCAUGGUUGAAGUGUUGAAACGGAGAUGCAUGUUGAGUAAGGAAGGAGCAGCUGAAAUUCUUGUUCGUAUAUUUGAUGAAAGUGAAGGGUGUGUGAAAGAUGCUCUGAGGUUGCCGGAGUUCUCAACAGUGCUAGCGGAUCUCUCAGUGAGAGGAUCGUUGAAGGCUCGAGAAAAGGCUGCACAGCUGAUGAAGAAGAUGACGGGGGCUAGCUUGGAUACUUCUAUUGACGGAAAUUCAAUGUUUCUCCAAUGGUACUAGAGAAGAUCCCAAUAAACCACAAGAUUUCAAAUCAGAUGAUUAUGAUAAAAUUCUUAAUUAAUAAUUACUCUAAUAAUUAAUGUUAUAAAAAAAAUCUAAUUAGAAGUGGACGGAGAAAGCCAUGAUUAACAUUUUAGAUAUGAUUAUUCUGAAGGCAAUGCAAUGCACAGCGUGAUCUAAUUUAAAUUCAAUUUUGUAUAAAAAUAAAUUUAAUAAUAGUUAAAUUAAAUUUUUAUGUCAAAUUUUAUAUGAAAUUAAUUAAACUGUAUAUAAUAAAUAUAUUAAAUUGUUGCACUAAACAUUUUUGUAAGAAAAUUAUAUUUAUAUAAAAAAAAUUCUCUAAAUUCUUUCUUUAGGUUUAUUUGUUAACUAGUACGUGAAUGUAUAAACUAUUUUUUUUUUUUUUUUUACAUAAUCACUACUUCAGUCUAUUUAUAAAUAUGAAACUGCAAUUAGAGGAAGUUCAAUCACCCAGUAUAUCUACUUAUAAAUAUCAAACUGCCAUAAGAGCUUAAAGCUUUAAAGGUUAAACCCUACUCCACAUUAUUUAUAGUUUUAUUCAGAUCUAUUCUAUACUGUAGAAAUUGAUGCUUCCUCCCUUGCUCUUCUCUUGACCCUUUCGACUUCCGGAGUUCAGUCAACCAUUUGAAAAAUGUAUGGACAAGAUGGGUUCUUCUCCUCACCUGGCUAUGAAUCUUAUCUUUUGUUUUCUUGGGAGGGAAGGACAUAAUGGGAGAGAAGCUGCUUGUUUUUCUAUAUUAAUGCUUUUAUUUGGCUGCUCAUAAACGAUUGCUGCUUCUUUAUAUGUAUAUUUGUUUAUCACUUCCUUAUUCUACCUCUGCUUUUCCAAGGUGCCUUUCAUUUUCGGAUGAUUUCUUUACAAGGUUUAGAGGCAUUACAUAACUGGUGCAAGCAAGAGUGGUUGAUGGAUCAUAUUCUAUUUGGUUAUAACAUGAGUGCUCAAUUUUGAUUUUCUUCAUUUGCAUAAACCAUUCAUCAAUAAUCAACUCAUUCGAAUAGCAUUAAGAGAAUUAACAGUUCUAUUUUCACCUGACAAUGCAAAACUUCUUUCAAAUAGCAUUAAGAGAAUUGACAGUUUUAUUUUUCACAUGAUAAAGCAAAACUUCAGUGUAUUUCUGUCCAACUCUCAGGAAUGAAAUCCAAUUGAAGGAACAUCCGAUGGAACAACAAGAGAUGAUAACAAUUGGAUAUGGAAAACAGGAAAGAAAAAGAAAUUAAAGGCUGAGACUGUAGAAGAUAAUACUUUAGCAACAUCUU